GAAUUGCGAAAAAUUUGUCAGUUUUACACAAAACAAAGAGAAAGACAGAAAUGUGUAUCGAAAAAAAAGACAAAGAAGACAAUGGUUUUCAGCUCUAUUGCACAGCUAAUUACAGUGAAGACAAACAGGUAUUUCUUGGCCUGGAUAAACCAGUUGCACUCAACACUGCAAAAGCAGUUUAGCUACUGGCAGUUUAGCUACUUACCUCCUUAAUAAUACAAUGUCACAUUAGCUUUUGAUUACUGUUAACUUUGCUGAAAAAGUAGACUUUAAUCUCAACAAUGCAAACAAUUUUGUCGCAGUUCUGGUAGCGUUUCCUAGCGGUCAAAGCAUGCGUAAUAGAAAAAUGGAAAUGAGAAGACAGCACAAUCAACACAAUGUCUGUUCAGAUGUGUGUUUGGCAGUGUGGACGUCUGUCCAUCCAGGACUCCCACAACCCAGACGGGUAUGCAAGUGGUCGACUUUUACAACAAUGUCUGUGUGUCUGCAUCUGUGUGUAAAAAAACAAUCUGUGUGUGCUCGUGUAAAGAGCGGUUUGUCUACAUGACAUCACUGCACAGUUCUCCCUUCACUCCACGCACACACACACACACACACACACACACACAGGACUCACAGCAAACAGGCAGUCAAUACAGUAUGUUAGUAUGUAGUCUCAGGGCAGUAAAAUGAAACGCAGAACAAACAACCACAGAACAUUUUAUCCGCAGACGGUGACGUCCGCUGAAGGUAAGACAGCAUCUAACACGUAAAGAAAAAGUUGUCUCCUAAGGCUCUAGUGUCUUGAUGAAUGUAUACUUUUGUUGUGAUGCUGGAAUAAUGUGAACACAGACACAAAAAAAGGUAAGGAAGAUGAGAUAUGGUGUCAUGUGCACUAAAGUUGAUUUGACACCAUAACAUUCAACCCUAGAUGUAGUUAUAUGGGAUUAUAGUAUAUUGUAAUUGUAUAGGGAUAGGGUACAGGUGAACAAAGCCAGUCAUAUAGUGUGGGGCGUUUCCAUCCCGGUUACCUGUUACAGGACAUGCAAAUAGACAGAAGAGACACCUCUUGGGCAUAUAGAGGGGGCUGAAAAAAAUACGACACAUAAGGCGUGUCACAGCAGUUGUUUGCCUUCACAAUAGGAAGGUGGAGGAAGGAAACUACUCCAUCUGACAACAGUCACCGACGAGUCUUGAUGAAAGGACGCAUAGCCUCUAAGUUUCAUGACUGAGAAAAAAAAAACUGGACUGGACUUAAACAAGCCUGGACAGAAAGCAUUUUACUAUAGCACUGGACUGAACUGCUGCAGUAGCAUUAACGCUUGUUGAGUCACCAGCGUCUCCAGGACCCGACAGUACUCUCAAAAUGAUAGCCAUCAUAGAGCAGUGGGAGGUGGGGGCGUCUGACUGUCAUACAGACCACACUGUGAAGUAUCUGUUCCUGACACUUGCCAAGUUGGGAAUGGACAUGAUGGUCUUUUACUUAUGCUGCCGGAAGCUGUCUACUUCCUUUUUAAACACAUGCAGCGUGUCCAUCAUUUUGGCUGACGCACUGUUGCCGUUUUCUAUAACAUGUGUGUGGUUUCUUGGGGUUGAGAGGUCUCCUGUGUCACUUUGCUUCAUCUUGGCUAAUGUCUCGGCGAUGUAUGCAGCACUGCCUCUGCCCAUGAUGAUCCUGGGUUUAAUGGACUACUACUUAAAAGACACCUACCUCUGCAACCAGAGCACUGUCUGCAAAUACCUUACAAACGCAGUCUUGACACUGCUGGGGUGGAUGCUUGCUGGUAUUUAUGCCUUUGGUUCUGUUGAAACUGAGCUAAGGGGACUGGAAUAUAUGACGCAGAUAAUGGCUCUAGGGUGUAAAGUAUCGGAGUCAAAAGUGAUUUUCUACUUUAUUUGGGUGCUUUUAACAGUGUUCAUUUGUACUAUGCUGCCUUUUUGUCCAAGUAUUCCCCAGUGGCUAAAGGAGGCUAACAGGUUAUCUGUAGUGGGGGGAGAACUAGAGAACCAGUGGAGGGACAUGUCAAUCAUCUCAGCCAACUGCACAGAGACAAAAAGCUGUAAUGAAAAGGAUCUGGAGGGGCUCAUACACCCGCGACCACCUCUGUGGUUCAGUAUAAUGCUGGCCUUUAGUGCCUUUUGGAUGCCCUACUUUGCCGCGUCUGUGAUCUGUGAAAUAUUCAGCUUUGGAGAACCUGCCUACAUCACUGUUAACCUCCUGUGGGUGGAAUGCACCAACAGUUUACUGAUGGGUGUAGUUUUCUGGACAAAGAGCAGCACGCAUGAGCCAUACAACCAUCUACCAGAAAACGUGUGUUCAUGGCAUGUAUUCUGGUAUUUGAGCCAAGGACCACAACAGUGGCAACUUCCGAAAACUGUGCUGAACCCACCAGAAGAGAAGAGGACCCCUGUCUUCUAUGUGUAGUGCGAGAAAGUGAAGAAAGACCUGCUUGGAUGCCGUGUUUGAUUGGGACUGACUUAAAAAGUCUGCGCACAGCGGUGUAUUUUACAUCUCCAUUGGCACAACUGGUUUCUGAGCCAGUUGCCAAGAGACUGUAAAUGGACUUCCAAAUGUAAUUCAUGCAGAGUUCUGAAGAAGUUUUUCACUGUCAUAAAGAUAAGAUUGUGCAAAUAUUUACUGAAAUCAUUAUGUAUUGUAUUAGGCUACUUUUACUACAGUCUGUUUAAUAACUUGGAUUUAGCUGUUGCCUGUAUUAAAAGGCAAUGAAAAUGUAUUUCCUAUAAGUUGUUGUAUCAUUUUUACAAUCACAAGUUUCUGUCUGUGCUAUUUUCUCUCUGGUUCUAACGUGCCAUGGGCUCAGGUGAAAGAAGGUGGUUGAUCUGAAUCCAAAUCUGAUAACAGUUGUUUACUAAUGUUACCAGUACUGCCAAUCAACUUCAGACCACAUCUGAGGAGUCCUAAAGAAGCACACAAGCUAAAUGUAUUACUAAGGUUCUAUAAGUAUACUCGUCUUUGUCUGGGAGGCUUGUUACAGAAAGAUACAUGAUAUAUAUCGGGCCUGCUAACUUAUGGGUCAAUAAUGGGAAAGCCAAUAUAUUACUUUUUUCUUCUUUUUUUUUUUUUCCCGAAAGAGACAUUAUCGGUGAAUAAUAAUUUGUUUAAUUCAGGUGCAAAAUAUUUUAUAUGCUUUGAGUGCUAUGAAAACCAAAGUAUGUUUGUGAAGAUUUUUUUUUUACAUAUUUUACUAGAAAAAAAUAAAUAAAUGAACAUUUAAAGUGGCCCAAUUGUCAUUUCUUUGUUUUUCUUGUGUUUCCUUGGACUCCAUUUACAGAAUGUGGCAGAAAUUGUAUAUAUAGCAUGCAUCGUUUGCAGCAUUCUACCCCAUACACACGGACACCAAAAUCUCUGAAGGGCUGACAUUUUCUUAAAGUUGGAAGUGGUAUUGUGUGUCCAAAAACUAAACAAGCAUUUUAAAGUCAAUUUGAAGAUUCUUUUGGAAGUUUUAAUGGGAUUUCAAAUUUGAUGCAUAAAACGUCUGAUAGAUGUGGAACAUUUGAGGGAUCCAGGUAUUGUGAAGCACGCUGUAUACUGCCUAAGUUAAUUAUUCUACUAAUAACAGACAAAUAUAAACUCUGUUCACAUUGUUUGAAAUAGUUUUACUAUACAUUCCACACUUCUGGCCUUAUUACAUUCAUUACAUGCACUGAAACAUGCUAUAAAACAAGUUUAGGAGCUUGUGUCAGUGUUGUGAACGGAGACAAAUAAAAUGAUUUAUGUCAAGGCUGUUGCUUACACAGGAACACAACCAGAAGACAAAUGGACAUGAUAUGCAACUCUAAGAAUGUUGAAUUAAAUCUUCCUAAGGUUGAACACAGGAACGAGUUAAAUAUGAUUACAGAGCUGUAAAGUUAGUCAGUUAAAAUGAAUGGGUGAGAUUCAGAGCAUUAGACACUAAAUGUACUGCUCACAGAAAGGUACGUCCAGUGUGGUGUAAUAUAACUACACUGUAAGUGAAAAACAAUGCUUGUAAUACAAAUUCUAUAUUUGUAUUACAAUAAACUUUGUAUUUACUAUACCUGCUACGUCAUAUUAUAUUAUAUUAUAUUAUAUUAUAUUAUAUUAUAUUAUAUUACGAUAUUCACUCUAAAGCCAAAUCAGCGCGGUACAUCAAAUAAACCUGAGCUGACAGAAAGCCCUGUUCAUUACCAAUACCAAUACUAUAAUACUAUAUAAAUAUUAAUAAACUGUCGGCUCGGGCCACAUGAACCAUAACACAGAGGCCGCCAUUUUACCACUCCUGCCGAAAUUUCCGCUAACAGAAGAGGAUUUAAUCUGCAUGUUGUUCAUUGUUAUGUCCAUCAGACGUGUCUGUGUUCAAAGAACGCUGUUUAAAAAGCCCCGACGUGCUUCAAUGAAUCACAAUUUCACAACCAGGACAUGAUUUUUUUUAUGGCGACUUUGCUGAGAGACGUGGGGACGUAAAGUUUACGU